CCAUCCAGUUUCAGCCAAUUAUAGAGGACACUGGACACAGUGAAACCAGUGGAAGAAAUGGAGAUUGUAGAUGGAACAGAACAGCAAAGAGGAAGUGGGUCUCUCUAUAAUCUUGUUUUCGGACAUGUUCCAUCCCAAUUGGAGGUUGAAAAUGCCAUCAAUGCUCUCUUGAAUUUUUUGGUUGGGGAAUCCUCAUCUGGGUCAUCGUUGAAAUGCCUCCAGCAGAAGUUGGAUUGCGUUGAUCCAAGACUUUUGCUAUCUCAGGGAUACAGAACAGUUUGUGAUGCUUUUCGAUUGCUGCAAACAGAUCCUUCCAUUAAGAGACUAGUGUUUGCACUAGCAACUGAUAAAGCUGUUUGGGAUGCGGUUAUGAAGAACGAAUUGGUUCAAACUCUUCGACAGUCGCUCUACACAGUUGAUUAUAAAAGGCCUCAGUGCUCUGAUGAAGAACCAGACUUGGCUGCAAGCAUUUUGAGGUGGAUUUUGGAUGUCACAAAAGCAAAAGUUUUAGACCUCAUUGAGAAAUUUCUGUCACUAGUGAAUGAGCUACUUCAACCCCCAAAGGGGAAGAAACCCACAAAUAUUAAGAAGGAAGAGACAGAAGAAAAAGUUAAAGCCUCAUUGCUUCUCUCCAUUUUGAUCCUCUUCAUUGUGGUUGUGGCCCGAGCCCAGGGUCUUUGAUCACCAAAAAUCAGCAAAAGAAUGUUCUAGGAAUAAACCGCGUUGUAGAUUGAACAGCAUAAAGAGGUGCCAUUAAUGGAUGAGUGAGUACCUAUUGAUUUCAUCCUCUUUUAUAUGUAUUACAUAGAUUGAAGAACAGUUGUCUUUUGAUUGAUGUCUUGAAGACCUACAUUUGUAUUA